AUGACGUGUGGACUCAAGAAUGUCAGACGUCUCUCCUCCGCCUCCUCGGUCCUCCAGCCCACCUCCAUACUCACCACCGAGUGGCUCUGGUACUGGGAGGAUGAGCAUAGGAACUGGAACCAGUACGAUACACCACCCAACAGCAGCACAGAGCUGGAGCAGAAGUUCCUGAACAACCCCCAGGAGGUGGUGGAGUUCACCGCAGGGACCCAGACCUACACACUCAGCCUCCAGGACAUGAUUCAGACCAAUAUGACACAUGGCACCAAGAGGAUGGUGAGGCGACGGCCUCGUUUCCUGUCCUCCGCCGACGUGCAGGUCAUCAGGACAAGUCACUGGGACAAGACCCAGGUUCCUGAGACUGGAUACAAGAAAAUACUGCUGCAAGAUUCGUCUGAAGAAUACAAGGUGGUGGAGACGCUGUUUCGUCAGUCGAUGACCGACUUUGACAUCGUGAAGAUCGAGAGGAUUCAGAACAAGAGUCUCUGGGACCAAUUUCAGUUGCAAGGGGAACAAAUGAAGACGAGGAACGGCGGGCGUUCCGUGGCCGAGAAGAAGCUGUUCCACAGCACAGAUUCAAAGUAUAUCGAAGACAUCUGCUACUCAAACUAUGACUGGAGAAUCUGCGGAACACACGGAACCGCCUACGGCAAGGGCAGUUAUUUCGCCCGGGACGCCAGCUACUCCCACAAAUGCACUGGGAAUACCUCGACGGCCCACUCCAUGUUCGUGUCCCGGGUGCUGGUGGGUCACCACACCCUGGGCACGGCCGACUACGUGCGCCCGCCCUCGAAGGAUGUUAGGGACACCCUUUUCUACGACAGCUGCGUGGACAACAUCCGCUCGCCCUCCAUCUUUGUCAUCUUCGACCAGCCUCAGAUCUACCCGGAGUUCCUGCUCUUGUACAGGAAGAAGGCAUUGGCCCUCAAGAAAACAGAUGACUGGUUUGGCUGGCAAAGGUUACUGGCGGCCUGUUGUUGUAAAUCGCAACAGAGUUCCGGCACCUAAUUAAUAAAUAAAUAGAUUCACUCAUAUCAACUGUCGCGCGAUGCUGUUUAAAAAUAGCAUUAACCCAGCUCUCUUACUCUCUCUUCAU